AUGAUGGUUGAUCCGUUCGAAGUGCGCAUGCGUUUUACAACGCAGCUGCAGCACCUCAGCGCCUCGGUCACAUCCUCACAAAAAGCAGCCCAUUAUGCCCUCAGAUACCGCGAUCUCGAUGAGGACCUCCAUUCCUGCAUUCUGGAGCAGCUCGAGAGGAAUAACAUGAACAACCGAGCGAACAUCAUGUCCUUCAUCGAGCACUUUUGCGAAAUGGCCACCAAAGAAGACCACCUCCCCUACGUUCGCAUGAUGCAACGAGACAUCAUCCGCGUUGUCGAUGCAGUUGUGCCGCCCGAUGGCACCGGAGCAGCAAAUGUGAAGCACGUCCGACGCGUUCUGAGUAGUCUGCAGAGUAAAGAGAUUCUCUCAGCCGAGUCCGUGACGGAGAUCGAUGCCGCCCUCAAAGAUCGGGAACCACACUCUGCACACCUUGACUUUGAGCAAGAAGAGGCACCGGAAGGUAGCGCCAGGUCGAAGACGGGGACGCCGCGGAACCCCAAGGCCCAGGGUAUGCGCGUGGAUAAGAGACAGAUUGAGCAGCGAAUCGAGGAAGACCGCGAACGCAACAAACGCCUGCGGGAAAGCAUGUGGACUGUCAGUGGGGACGAUGCCGAUGAGUUCGCAAAGCUUUGGGAUGAAGUGAGCGACAUUGGGGAGGAUGACUUUAUCAAUGCCAAGGAGGAGGCCACGGAGCGUGAGCGCAUGGCCGAGACCGUACAAGAUGUGAGGGUCUGA